AGGCGCCAUCUUGUACAAUAAGACGGGUCACUCCAUUCGGAGAGUGUCAGCUGCAGGCAUCCUGGCUUGCAGCAGCUAUAGAGCGGAGUGUAUCGCUAUGGAACGGGGGUUGCGAACACUCUGUAAUAUGGUCCAUGGACCGUGUCCGCGCCGCCUCAAAGCGGCAGUGUUCACAGACUCCCUCUCCCUCUCCCUUCUCAUGGUCCUCAAAACAGGGCCUGUGAGAGCGACUGACGGUAUCUUGCGACGGAUAUGGUGCAAGAUCCUCUUUCUGGCACGCAUGAACGUCGAUUUGUCGUUUCAAUUCGUGUUCUCUCACUGUGGGGUUGCCAGGAAUGAGAGAGUGGGCACGGCAGCGGAUCAGGGGCAUGCUAUGCCACAGCGAUAUCCGGCAUGGAUUACGGACAUCAUAACGGGCGUCAAACGCCGUUGUCGUCGGAAGGAACUUGCUGUCCAUGAGGCGGGUGAGGGGCCGAAGACCCAUCGAACUGCCCUCUUGGGCCACAUACGCCCCACACCCAAAACGCUCUCCCUCAAUAGAGUCGGAGAGGCUGUCAUGGCGCAGUUCCGUACGGGUUCAUCCGCACGCUUUGGAUACCUGUACCGCAUAAUAAAUAGUGAAGAGGAACUUUUGCAUUGUCGAUGGUGCUCGGGAGCGGCGACGACUACUACGGCAAACCACGCCACUCCGCCCCCACCUCCUGAACCCCCUCCCGUACCCCUCGCGUGGCGCCAAAUGGACCCCGUCGUGUCUCCAUUGUGCAAUGUCAUCUUGGCGCAGCGCAUGACGGGGACGACGCACAUGAUGGCUGUGCAUAAGUGGACACGCGAGGCUGCGACAAGACUUCUUAAAAAGGCACAUAAGGCUCCCUUUAUCACGAUGGCUUCCGCUGCCAUAUAUGCAAUGCAGAAUUCGACUCGCGCUUCCUUCUGGUGGGCCACUUGCAGAGUCAUCAGCCCCAGCUGCCAGUGGAGGCGGCGAAAGACGCCAAACGGCGGAGAGACGAGGUCGACCCAAAGCAGCGUCAACUCCGAUGUCCGGGUUGUACCAAAAAGUUCAUUCUGA